AUGCGUUUCGAUGUUUUGUUGCCGUUUAUUAAUGAACGAAAUAUUCAAGAGGCAAUUACUAAAAUUGAUAUUGAAACAUCUGAACAUCAUUUAUGUUUAACAGGUGAAAAGAUGUUUAGUCAAAUAAAUAUUCUAUUUGUUAUGAUGGAAUUGGCAAAUAUUAAAGAAAUACCUGAGAGAUCCCAUUUAAUCCAAGAAUUUUUUACUAAUCGUAGUUAUAUUCCAUUCAACUCAGAAACAUGUCAACCAGAAACUGAAAAAGAUAAUCGACGUUGGCAAACUCAAGAUAUUUUUUGGAUAAAAAAGAAUUAUACGUAUCUUUGUAAAUUAUCAUGA